AUGCCAACAUCGGCUGAUAUCCAAUAUCAAGUUCUAAAAAUGUUACAGCGUCAAAUUCGUUGCCAUCGCGUAGCGGUGCUAGGAACAGCAGCAGUGGGUAAAACUUGCUUGGUCAAACGCUAUCUCGAUAAUGAAUUUAAUAUUGAGCAUGAACCGACCGUCGAUGAAUUCUAUAAGAAAGAAAUAAUUGCUCAAGGCUGCCGUAUGACAUUAGAAAUUAUGGACACUGCUGGAUACUAUUCAUUUCCAGAAAUGCGUCGAUUAACAAUUCGCAAGGCUGACACAAUUGUAUUGGUAUUUGCAUUGGACGAUAAAUCAACCUUUGAUUACGUCAAAGAGAUCUAUAAAGAAGUUUUGGACGUAAUCGGUGGUCGUGGUCGUAAAGAAAUUUAUUUAGUAGGUAAUAAAUGCGAUCUUGAAAGUGAUCGACAAGUUCUAGAUGAUGAUAUUGAUGAUAUUGCUUCCAAAUCCAUUUAUAUGGAAACAUCAGCUAAAACUGGUCAUAAUGUUUCGGCAGUUUUUGAUCGAAUUGCCGAAGCACUAUUAGAAGGGCCACACAAUAAGAGUAUGGAUCGUCGUAAGUGCAAUCUGAAAAGAAGAUUUUCUAAAGUUAUUAUUGCUAAUCGAUUUGUCAGCAAUUUGGAUCAUAAACCUCCUCGUCAACAUCAUAAAGCAUUACUUGGAAGAUCACUAACACUCGAUGUGCAAUAA